CACGGCGGUAGCAGAAGGUUCCACCUAAAACGCUCAAGCGACGCGUCAGAGUCGACUUUCAAACCUAGACUGACGCCUCCUCAACCUGGCCCCCCACCACCACCACCACCACCCCUACCACCAGCACCAGCACCCCAGACGUGCUACAGGAACAUCGGGGGGUUUUUGUUCCCUCUCCUGACCUGCCAAAAUGCCAGCCGCACUCGCAGAUUCCAGUCAGAUCAUCUGUGAGGUUUGGGCGAGCAACGUGGAGGAUGAGAUGAGGAAAAUCCGACAGAUUAUUCAGAGCUACAACUACAUUGCCAUGGACACAGAGUUUCCCGGGGUGGUGGUUCGGCCCAUUGGAGAGUUCCGCAGCACAGUGGACUACCAGUACCAGCUGCUGAGGUGUAAUGUGGACCUCCUGAAGAUCAUCCAGCUGGGCCUGACAUUCAUGAACGAGGAUGGAGACUAUCCGCCCGGCACCACCACGUGGCAGUUUAACUUCAAGUUCAACCUGACAGAAGACAUGUACUCCCAGGAUUCCAUAGACCUGCUCCAGAACUCUGGACUCCAGUUCAAGAAGCACGAGGAGGAGGGAAUUGACACGCUGUACUUUGCAGAGCUCCUCAUGACUUCUGGCUUGGUUCUGUGUGAGAACGUCAAGUGGCUCUCCUUCCACAGUGGUUAUGAUUUUGGCUACUUGGUGAAGCUCCUCACGGAUGCAAGGCUCCCUGAAGAAGAACAUGACUUCUUCCAGAUCCUCAACCUUUUCUUUCCAGCCAUCUACGAUGUUAAAUAUUUAAUGAAGAGCUGCAAGAACCUGAAGGGGGGACUACAGGAGGUGGCGGACCAAUUGGAGCUGAAGAGGAUUGGCAGGCAACAUCAGGCCGGGUCAGAUUCGCUACUCACAGGCAUGGCUUUCUUCAGGAUGAAAGAGCUCUUCUUCGAAGACAACAUCGAUGAUGCAAAGUACUGCGGAAGGCUAUACGGCCUGGGAUCCGGCUCCAGUCAGCCGCAGAACGGCAUCUCCAGCUCCGCCCAGGAGGAGUCGAACAAUAAGCACUGACCAGCUACACGGUCCCUCAAGUGGAACAGGCGCUUGUUUUAACCAAACCAGCAAACCAUACUCAUUCCCUGAGACCCCGCCCAUACACGGUCCCAAACCAUACUCAGUCCCUGAGGCCCCGCCCAUACACGGUUCCAAACCAUACUCAGUCCCUAAGAUCCCACCCGUACACGGUCCCAAACCAUACUCAUUCCCUGAGACCCCGCCCGUACACGGUCCCAAACCAUACUCAGUCCCUGAGACCCCGCCCGUACACUAUCCCAAACCAUACUCAUUCCCUGAGACCCCGCCCGUACACAGUCCCAAAACAAGACAGAAGAAAGAUUCAGUCCCCUCAGACUCAUCUUCCACUCACUUGAUUUACUGGCCUCCAUAGGUCAUCCAGCCGCUCCACCCUUUUAUUACUUGUAAAUGAAUAUAUGGCCAUGUAUUCUUUGUGUUUUUCUUUUCUCCAGCAUUACAGCAGUGCCCUCUGCUGACAGAGUGGGACCAGCAGCUGCAGUAUACUGUGAUUCCAGUAGUAAAGUCCUUCGUGAGUGCUCUGCGCCACACUGUUUUGUUGUUUUCUCUCUUUGUUCUGAGGCAGACCUGCGUUUAUAACCCCCCUCCUCUCAUAUCUCAUGUUAUGUACCCGCAGUCCGUUUCCUGUCGUCGUCUUCUCGCCAUCUCCACACCGUGCUUGUUACAGGGGUUGUGUUUUUAAAUUCUGCUGGAAGGGUAUGUAAAUUAAAAUGUACAAUUUUGAUUACAAAAGAAGUUUUAGCUUUUUUUACACGAGAAUCAACUCAGAGACGAGUGUCCCAUGUCUGUGCACCGAGAAUGUGUUUUAAAAGAGCACACUGCUGCUGUCCAUCACCUUCUCUUCUUCUGCCACCAGAACGUUUCCACUGCAGAUGUCCGUGGUUGAUUUCAUGUCAUGCAUUGUGUUAAACGUUGUGUUGAACAGUUGUAUAUUAAAUCGUUUUCUAUUUUGAAUGUAAA